UUCGCGGUCAUACACUUCCGGUCAGCCCCAGACCAGAACGAGCAUAGCUACAAGGAUUAUUCAUGCAAGCAACGUAUAAUCACGUAUAAUGGCUUCUUCCUCUUCGCAAGAAAAUGAUUUCGACUGCACUUACAAGAUCCUAGUUCUUGGGGACAGUGGAGUUGGAAAAACGUGUUUGAUCUUUCGAUUUACUGAAGACAUCUUUUCUGAUAGCUACAUUUCUACGAUAGGUAUUGAUUGCAGAAGUAAGGUUGUUGAUAUUGAUGGCAAAAGAGUGAGACUUCAAAUAUGGGAUACUGCUGGUCAAGAAAGAUUUCGUACACUAACAAAUGCAUAUUACAGAGGUGCAAUGGGAAUAGUGCUGGUCUAUGAUAUUACUGCUGAAGAUUCUUUUAAACAUAUUUCACAGUGGCUUCAAAAUAUUGCAGACGUAUGUAAUUAUUUGAAAUUAAAACUUACAGUAUUUUAUACACACAAUUGCAAAUAGAGCGGAUUUCGUAUGACUGUGCAAAAAACAUGGUACUUUCGCGCUGUAACCGUACCGUGCCAUAGCGGUGAUGUAUUGUUAAAUCUUUAUUUUUAUUUGGAAUCCUUGAAGGUGAGGUUCCGUGACCAUGCCGUGCCGUUGCACAGUCAUACAAAAUCCACUCUACAAAUGAAUACCACUGAAGGUGAACAGUUCUUACGUAUGUUAUUCAAUACCUUUAUAUCACUAAAGUUCUAUUUCUUUGACAGCAUUAUUGCCAAAGAUAUCAUACACACAUCAGUAAUGUCUGCAAAUCCAGUCUUUAUA